UACGAAGUACAGGAAUGGGGUUGGCCUGCUUCGUUGGCGGUUCCGGACUUGUUAUCGCUCCUUACAUAAUACAACUGGCUUUAAGUGUUCCGGGCUUUGGACGUGCUCUACCAUUAUACCUGUUCGCUGUGAUGACAUUGGUUGUUUCAUUUCUCACCGUUUUGUUACCCGAAACCACGAAAGAAUAUCUCCCAGAGACACUGCAAAUCAGCCAGAAAAGAAAAGAGUGUGCCAAUAGUACUGGUCAGAGGACGACAUCAGGAUCAGGAGAUACACCAGCAGUAGAAGAGUUGGUAUCAUAUAUCUAGAUAAAAAGUUAAGUUAAGAAGCGUAAGUUAUCAGUAGUUUUUAUACUGGCUACUUAAUGACAUAAACUAACCUAAUGUCUUCUUGCAACACAUUGAAACCAAAAGAAUCUUGUGAUAAAACAAAUAUUUGUUUCAAGGACUCAUUCAUAUCUGACAAUUUAGUUAUUUCCUAAGGUUUAAUUCCCAUUUGCUGGUAUUAGAAUAUCGCUAAGGUUACGGACAUCUAAUCGAUACCUGACAAUGCGUGUCCCCACAAGGGGAACUCAUUCCACAUCCGUCUAUUGCCUAUUCUUCCAAUUGUCCUUUCUUAUUCAAUCACAUGAACAUAUUUUGAAUAUCAUAUCAUCACUAUGAUACAUACACCGAUACUAAUUGCAUAAUGUAUCGAUUACUUGGUAUUAUUGUAAUUUUACGUGUAUUUUGUUUGGUUUAAAACAUGUGUUGUAUUAAAUAAACUCAAUAUAUAACCAUAUCUAUGCAUUUGACAUAUCUUUUAAGAACACUGACCA